CGUCGUUGGCGGCUGCUCGACCCGCUGAAAGAUGCAGAUGAUGCGCCCAGUCAGUUGUCCGCGCUAGACCUGCAGCAUCCGUAACAGUCGCAAGACGGCCGGCAAGAUGAUUUCGGCUCUGGCCGCCGAGAACAACACGACGGCCGCCUACUACGGCUUCAACCUGACGGCCGACUCGGUGGCCGGGGGGCCAGUCUUCCCCAGCUACAUCCGCACCACUUCCAUGAUCUUCUGCAUCGUGAUCCUCGGCAUUGGCGUCGUCGGCAACGUCAUGGUGCCCAUCGUCAUCCUCAAGAGCAAGGACAUGCGCAACUCCACCAACAUCUUCCUCAUGAACCUGAGUGUCGCCGACCUGAUGGUCCUGCUCGUCUGCACACCCACCGUGCUCGUUGAGGUCAACUCGCCCCCUGAGGUCUGGGUCCUUGGAGAGGAGAUGUGCAAAGCGGUGCCGUUUGUUGAGCUGACAGUGGCACACGCCUCGGUGCUGACCAUCCUGGCCAUCAGUUUUGAACGCUACUACGCCAUCUGCGAGCCCCUGAAGGCCGGUUACGUGUGCACCAAGGCGAGGGCCUUUCUCAUCUGCGUGCUCGCGUGGGUCUUCGCCGCCGUGUUCACCAGCCCCAUCCUGCUGAUCGCCCAGUACAAGUUCCUUGACUACUACGACUCGACCAAGGUGCCCGUGUGUCUGAUGCAAGCCAACUCGUUCUGGCCCACCUUCUUCUUCAUCAUGACCAUCUCGGUAUUCUUCCUGCUCCCCCUGUGCGUGUUGAUGGCGUUGUACACGAUCAUCGCCCGCCACCUGAUGGCUGAACCGAGCCAUCCAGGCUGCAAGUCUGCCGGCACCCCUGGGGGAACCCUUUCGAGCACCAGCGGCCAACAGCAAGGUGGCGAAAGCUCAAAUUUGCGAGCUCGCCGCCAGGUGGUGCUGAUGCUUGGCACAGUUGUCGUUUCCUUCUUCAUCUGCCUCAUGCCGUUCAGGGUCUUCACCCUGUGGAUCAUAGUGGUGCCUGAGGAGACGCUCUUCCGUCUCGGGGUCGAGGGCUACUACAACCUGCUCUACUUCAGCCGCACCAUGACCUACCUCAACUCGGCCGUCAACCCGAUCCUCUACAACCUGAUGUCCUCAAAAUUCCGUCUCGGCUUCUCAAGGCUGUUCGGUUUGCGGAGGCGCCGCAGAGGGCGCUGGAGGCGCGGUAGCGAGUUGCGUCGUCUGCAGGGCAGUGCCGGUGACCUGACGACGGUGCAACGUGGAGACACCGCCAGCACCCGCAUGUCGUCGGGCACCGUCUUCACCAGAAACGGCACCCUCACGUCGCUCUCCUACUCGAGCUUCUACCACAACAACCGACACAACUCAACGAGGCUGUCGCACGCCGCCGUCGACGCCAAAGAAAAUAACAACUCGAGCCCGAAGAACGGCGCCGCUCGCAAGUCGCUCAUCGUGCGCAACCCCUCAACUAGUCUCGAGCCGGGCACGGCCACCAGUGGCUCGGCCGCCGUCCUGGCCCGCUUCACCGUCAGGCAAAGCAGUUUUGACGCUCAGCCAGAAAGCUACGUCUAGAGAUGAUUUCUCUGCAAAAAUUAAUUAUAUAAAGCUCUCAAUUUUCUUCAAAUUCAUCAACCGUUCUACACACUGUAUCCAAUCGCAGAUCUGCGUAGUAAAAUAUUCUCUCUCAUCUUUUUAUAUGUAUAUGUCUAGUGGAUAUUUAUGAGGUAUACAAGACGUUGUUGUUGAUUUCUAAAACAGUUUUUUUUUUCAAAAUACUAAAUCAAAAAGCUUAACUAAUGAAUCCUUUUGGCUCUUUUAAAUCACUGUAAUAUAUUAAUAGUGUGGUAGGUAAAAAUUUCACACAAUAUUUGUGAAAAGUGCAAUGCAAUUUGAUUUUUGCUAAUAAAAUUAUCUAAUUUUUAUUGACAGGGAUUAAAAAAAUGCACAUGAUACUAGAUUUUAUAAAUCCAAAACAGUUUUUUAAGCGAUUUGAAUUUAAAGCCGGCUUUUCCUUCGUGGGUUUUGUGAGUUCAUUAUUGCUUAUGAAAAAUGGUAUCCUGCUCUACAUGUUUCGGCUGCGGGCUGCAACCAUAUUUCAUGAGCUUUCUCGGCGGUGGUCGAGAGAAAGGGCAGGAUAUUGUUUUUCUUAAACAAUAAACAACUCACAAAACCCAUCAAGGAAAUUCAAAUCACCAUGAAUAGUGAGAUUCUACUACAAAAUUUUAGAGCCUUUACACUUCUACUUUUUAUUGAAUUUUUUUAAUUCCACAGAAGUAUAUAUGAAAUAAUUAAAAUUAUGAUAUCAACCUAAAAUUUUAACCAACAACAACUUCUUUUCAACCUACAUAAAAAUUGAAAACAAAAAACUUGCUAUCUUAUGAGCCAAAAUUUAAUUUGGUGCUCUUUUGAAUAAUAUUUAGCGCGUUUUUUUACGAGAUGCAAGAAUUUCAAAUGAUAUUAAAUUAAUCGCAAUUGUCCGCUAAAAUUAUAUUCUGCUUAUCAGAUAUUUACUCGAAACCACGUUUGGAGCGAAUACGACUGAUUGUAAAUUUUUCUCAAAGUCCGCAUUUUUUAAUAAAUAUCUUCCCUAAAAACAUCAUAACCUCUAUAAAAUGGAAAAUACUUAAAUGAGAAAAUAGUAGUCCGCCCGUGGUAGUGAUUCUCUCCACUCUCAGAUAUUGUGCUAAAAACAAUGGAGAGUCCUGGUGACUUGAAUAUUAUGAUACCUACGUCUAUUGUAAUCACUGUAAAUUACUGUAUAUCUCUUUUAUAUUCAGGGAUCGCUCGCAUCAAGACUGAGGAAGUAUUUUUUAAACGAGAUGAGAUUGUAAGGAGAAUCUUUUUUAUUAUUUUAAAAACCGGAUUUACAAGAAAAAUAUCAUAAAACGCAGGAGAUUUUUUCAGCAAUCAAAAAGAAAUAAUUUUCUCGUGCAAAGUGUGAACUGUGGAGUGACAAUACAGGAUCGCUUUUAAGUGAAGAACAAAUUAUCCCACCAGUGCUCCGAAAUUCAUUAUAUUAUAACAACCCAAAUAACUGCUGCAAUCGUCAUUUAUGUGCAAAACGUGUUAAUCGGUCGUUGCUAGCUGUUUUUUCUGUCAUGUUUGUUUUUUUGUGUCGAUGAAUAAAAUAUUUUUGUGUUCUACAUUCCACUCAAAAGCCGAAUCAAAGCUGUAUCAAUCAAUCAUUAUACUGUACGGUGUUUUCGUCGUUGCUGCAUUUGUUGUGUGCAAAAAAAUACAUUCACAAAGAAACCACUCAGUGUCAUCUUCACACAAAUCUUUCCGUCUCUCCUUGGUGAUUAACACGUGAAUUAAAACGAGAGAAACAUUCACCGUAAUUCAUUCCCCCAAAGUGUAAUGUUGUAAGAAAAAAUAAAUAUAAAAUAAUUUUUCUGCGUAUUACGAAACUCACCUAGAAGUGGAGAUGUCUCAUGAUAUACUAUUUUUGUGUACUUAUCAAAAAAUUAUAAAAUAAAUAAAAUGUGCAAAAUUCGGGCCUACGUGCAUGGAUCUGUAUCUCUAUAGUAAUAUAUUUUUGUUUGUCAAAAAAAAAAAUGGUUCCAUUCGUGUCGAAAUAAAACGAUUAAGUUGAGAAAAAGAACCGAAGACGUCCGCAAAUUUCUCUUUUCCUUUCGUUCUGUUCUUUUCUAAUUGUUGCCUCGGAUUCAAAUAAGGAAUGAAGUGACUGACGGAUCUGUCCCGUCGCUUGCUGCUGAUGCAAUUACGUUUGUUGAGCACUCCUUGGAUUUAAUGGAGUUGAAGCUGCUGGAGAGCUAUAGUGGUGGUAGUUAAUUCGAAUUAUAUACGAACGUGCAGCACAGCAGUAGUUUGGAGACUUUUAAAUUGAUCACAAUUAAAAGCAAUGUGUGCGCUCACACGAAAGGAAGCUGCCGUCGCCGGACUCGAAUAAACACCAGCGGCAGCCAGGCGGAUUUCUUGUUGCCGACGAUUAGAGCGAAGUGGGACACGAGGGACCUCUUUUCGGGUGGAUAAGGUAGAAUGUAAGCUGCCGUUCGAAUCCAGUAGAUAAUGUAGGCAACCCUCGCAACUCUCCUAUGUAGCUACUAUAUUUUUAAAAACAAAAAGCUUUUUGGUAAAAGUUUUUACUAUUAAUUUCUUUUAAUUGUUGAUUUUUUUAUUUAAUAAUCUAAUUUAUGAAUGUAGAAAUAUAUUUGUUAUUUUAUUAGAACAGAUAUUAAUUUUUUUAAAUUAGUAAAAUUUUGGCUCAUAUGAUGAUUUGGAUAAUUAAAAAAAAUUAAAAUUUAUUGCAAGCUCAUACUCAAGACGGACAGAUCAAGUUUAAAAUAAUAAUCUAGCAUCUUAUUUUUUUCUUUUCUGCGAUCUAUUGUUGUAUUAUUCAAUAUUUUUUUAAUUGUGUCUUCAUCACAUUUCUGUUAUCCUAUAUCUGCAGCACCAACAACUAGGCCGGGUCAUAUCUCUGCAGUCCCUUAAGUGCUUUUUAUAAUUAUUAACUACUCGAAAAUUGCACUGUCUCGGUCACCUCGGUCACGUCUCAACAAAAGGCCCAAAUGUAACUUUCCAGCUGAACAAAGCCAUUUCCACCCUUUUCCGCCUCUCUCUCGCGCAACAAAGAAUUGUGCCCCAUAUUUCUAGAACAAAAGACGUGUCGGGCAGCAGCUUUUUCCCUCAUCCCGCCGCAGCUGCUGUGAGAAAGGACGAAAUCGUUUAAAUAAAGCGACUGCUGCGCUCGUAGCUCUCAAGAUGGAUGAGCGUCCGCAAUAUUUCAUUUCUGCUCUUAAAUAAGUGACAAACACACACGUCCGCUCAUUUUAUUAUCAUACACUGACACCCUUUUAGGUCCGUUAGAAGGAAGUAAGUCCUACUCCGACCGGUAAGUCACUCCGGCCGCAGAAAAUGAGUUAGAAAUAAUAUUUUUUUUUCAUACGUGCAUGUAAAUAUGUAGUGCUGAGUGUUUUUCUAUUGUUCUCUAUUUGUAAUUGUCGGUGUUGAUUGUGAUAGCUUUAUUUUCAAUAAUUCCUGCAAAGCGGAAGGGGAGAUAUGAUGAAAAAUAAAUUGCACCAAGGGUAUAUUGUCAAUAAAGCACUCGGUUAUUAUUGCAUUCUGGGACGAGGCGAUAAAUCACUCCCAACCCGAUAGGUAUUUUAUCAGAAAUAACACGCCCCGGUCGGCACUCGCUCGUUGCCUCUAUAUUAUUUACGGCCGAUCGACAACUCCACCUUGUUUCCUCUUCCUCUCUACUUGCUCUUCGGAACGACAACUUUUGCAUUGGCAAUAAUAAUUUCAUGCUCGCAUGACUCUGGGAAAUAUUAAUAAAAUAUCCCCACCGACAAGCCAGCUGUCUUUAUGGGAUUAAGUUAUAGAGCCAAAUAUGAGGAAAAAAAUACAUAAAUAAAUACCGUCCUUAUAUCUGCUGCAAUUUCCUCGUCCUGAACGAUUCAUUCCUGUUUUAUGACAGUCGUAAAUUUUUUUGUUACUGUUUUAAAAUAACCUAACGUACUCUUUAGAAUUUAAAUUAUUUGCUGUGCCAUAAUAAAACUCUUGAGAGAAGAUAUGAAUAAAAUAUCGUGAAUUUAAAAUACUAAAAAUAAAAUUUUUUCCCUUGAUCAACUAAAUUAUUGGAAUAGCAUAAGAAUGCUGAAUGAUAAAAAAAAAAUAUUCUAGAUGAAUGACUGUGUAUUGAAAAGAAACUACUUUUGAAAGCGUAUUUUUUUAAUCCAAACAUCUGUCUUGUUGUUGUUAUUAAAACGGCCGUGACUCUCGGAGUUACAAAAUUAUAAAAAAAAAAUAUGAUGAAUCGGUGCAUAAUCAGGAGUUUUCUAGCUUUUGUCCUGUGCUCAUAUGAUCUAAAAAAAGCAACUGUUGUGAAACUUACAAUCAUAAUCAAGAAUUUUAACAAUCCCAAUUUUAAUAUGAUUUCUCAGGUCAUAGUGAUUAUGAAGUUCUUUGAUGUCACCAGUCAUUUUACAAUAUUUUAAUUUUAAACGAAAUAUGAAAACUUACAAAUUAAAAAAUACAAUCUAUUUUAUUUCUUUGAUAAAAGUAAUGAAGA